AACCAGGAACAACACCAACCAACCGGUACCCUACCUGGCGGGUGAGACCGGUACCACCAAAAUGUGGCGAUCAACGCGAAAAGCCUGCUUCCGAUAUGCUUUGCUGUCAAGCGGGCAGCAGCAAAAAUGCAUUCCACAAGUCCUGGCACGGUUUCAAUCGUCGAGCUCAUCCGGCAGUUCUGGAAAAGUAGCAGUUGCCACGAUCGGGCUUGCUGCGGCUGGCAUUGGUGGCACUAUAGCCUAUGCCAAGUUUGACCCCGACUUUCGCCAUACAGUGCAGGAUAGUGUCCCUUAUGGCACUGCUAUUAUGAACAGUGUCCUUGGACCAGAGGGGCCACCUAAAACAACCAAACCUCAGGUACUUUCGCCCGAAAAAGUCAAAGAGAAAGCGCUUGAGUCGAGCCUGCUGAGAAAAAAGCCCAUCGAGGAUAAGCCAACGGUUGUCAAGUCCUCAGCUCCAGCACCACCACCCAUCCCUGCACCACCUCCAAUAACGGCUCCACCUAAAGAAAAAGCACCAAGCCCAAGGGACUUGGAAGCUGAGGCACAAAAACAGCUUCGUGACAUCAAAGAGAAAACUGAGCGUCUAAACUUUGCUCUGGAACAGUCUCUACGAGAAGCACAGUCGAAUGUUGAAAAACGAACGACAGAUGCAGUCAUGGCUCAGCUUGCUGCUAAUGAAGCUUUGCAGGCCUAUGUCCAGAAAUUGUACAGAGCAUUGGAUGAAUCAAGGGACAGUGAAGAUCACUUCAUGUGGGAAGAAGCAUUACAAGCAAAGGAAGCCAAGCUGGCUGCUGUGAAAAAGGCUGUUACAAAGACAAAGGAAGCAUGGCAGUCAGUUGAGAAUUUGCAAGCAGUAGUCAAAAAAGGCCAAGAAGACAAGGACACCCAGGAAAAUCUAGCAUUGGGUCCAGCAGAGCAUGCAGUAUCGCUUGCCAAGGAACAGCUUCAGCGUGCUGAAACAGAGGUCUCAACCGCUAAGGAAGCUGCCAAGGUUGCCACAGACUACAAGGACCAGGUAGAACGUGGCCGGAGAUAUUUCCAACAGGAAAUUGAAGCUCUGCUGCCGGAAGCCAAAUCGGGCGAUGGCAAGAAACUUUCUGAGGACGAGCUUAACAUUUUGGUCGCUCAUGCACACCGGAGGAUUGAGCAGCUCAUGAAAUCCCUCACUAAAAUGCAGGUGACUGAGCAAGAACGAGCCAUGGAGCUGAAAAGGCAGAAAGAAAAGAUCAAUAAGGACUUCGAAAGACAAGUGGCAGAGUUGGAUGCAACGCUCGAAAUUAAGCUGGAGAAGCAGAAAGACGAUUUUGAGCAGGAGCUGCAGCAUCAGUUGCGAAGGCAAGUGGCAGCCCACACGGAGCAUCUGCGAGAGUCUCUGCUCUCCCAAAAAGAAGAGCUAGAACGUGAUUUCAGCAUGGAUUUAGAAAAGAAACUUAUCGAGGAACGCGGGAAGCAUCAUGCAGCCCUCUCUGCUUCGGUUUCAAAACUUCAGGGCCUCGAGGGGUAUCUGAAGGCACGAGACGAGCUGGAUAGGGUGUCCCAACAAGCCAAAGGCCUCUGGCUUGCGUGCCAAGCGCUCAAGCACACGCUCGUAUACGGACACACAAGUUAUGAAGCUCCUCAGCCUCUGAGCGAUGUAGUGCGUCCAGUAUAUGAAGCAGCUACAAUGAGCCCCUAUGUGCCCCUCGUAUUGGCCAGCAUCCCCGAAGAGGCCCUCUCACGUGGUGUCUAUCCAGAAGUGGCCCUGAAGGAACGGUUUUCAAACGUGGAGCGGGUUUGCCGUCGCGUCGCCCUCAUUGAUGAGCAGGGUGGUAGCCUCCUCCGUUACCUGGCUUCCUACUUACAGUCAUUGUUUGUCGUCUACCCAAAGGCAGUGCCGGAAGAAGAGCUGACAGACGAGCAGCGUGUGAAUCCCGAAAUGUGGGACACGUUUGACGUUCUGUCGAGGGUGCGCUACUGGCUCCUGCACGAGAACCUAGAGCAGGCAUUGCGCUAUGCCAACCAGCUGCGAGGAGAGCCCCGUGUUGUUGCGUGCGAUUGGAUCCGUGAAGUUCGGCUCCACUUGGAGACCAAGCAGGCUGCCAAUGCCCUCAUGGCCUUUGCUGCAGCAACGAUAGCUGAAGAUGUGCAGUAACUGUGGUGGAUCGCCGCUUAGAACUUCGCUUCUUUUUUAGCUUUAGGGAGGCACACUGCCACUUAAAGGGGGAUCUUCAGGACCAGUUCGUGUGAGGCAAGAAAUUUGUAAUAGAACGUGCAGGUGUAAUGGUGCUGCACAACGACUGCAUAUUGGGUCAGAAUGCCGAGACGCUAUAUAAACGAUUGCUUCUGUGACGUUUCA